AUUUUUGUUAUUUAUAUGUUUUUGCGGAUCUUGUUAGAUUUUUGACGGAAAUGUAUCAGUUUCAGUUAAGAUAUCCUAGGGAUUUUAUUCUAGUUUCUACACGGAUUAAUCGCGGGUUUUUUUUCUGUGUUAUAAUGUUUUGCAACAUGAAAACAGAGAACCUUGAUCCUAUGUUUUGAUGUGUAUAAAUGUGGAGAUUAUAGGAGAUGGAACUGUUGCUUUAAACGAGUUAGAAGCUCUAAAUAGAUCUUGCAACCAAGAAGGCUGUGGAAGAGUCCAGGAAUCGUUAAAGAAAUGAUGUUAUUGGCAGCUGUAAUGACGGAGUUUUGGAGGAAAAGAGAGGGAAAGCGCUUUCGUCCGGGUCCCGCUAGAGGACUCAUCAAUCAGUAAGGCUUUUCUAACGGGUCCUGCCAUAGAUGCGGGGAUGUCGGAAGGACGGACGAAGUUUGUAUAUAUACAAACUGAGACAGAUCAGAUACUUGGAGAAAAGGAGAGUCCAUCUGCUGGCAAGCCUGGAGGUAGCCUCCACAUGCUAAAUAGUAUUUUCUAUUUCUUUAAAAGAUAGCACUACGGAAAUGACUCCCAAACGGAAGACAACCAGUUCAGAAUCUACUUCGACAACGAGUUCUGGUUCAUCAUCCAGCAGUUCCUCCAGUUCCGGUAGCGAAUCUAGUUCAUCGGAUUCAGAGAACUCCAGCAGCUCCGCCAAUAGCCAAAAAGUUUCCGACACAGAGAGAACAAAGAAAAAACCAACCUUUCCCGCAAACCGACAUGGCAAGUCUAAAGCUGAAACAGUUUCUGUGGCGUCGUCCGAAGCAAAAGGCAAGGAAAGAGUACUACCAAAGAGUAGAUCGGUGGUCUAUUCUUCAGAGUCUGAAGAAUCACCCUCCAAAAUUAAAUCGGCAAAGCGAAAGCCGCCAGCAAAACCUAAGGCUACGGCUACGGUAGCUCCUGUCGUUAAACAACAAAGACCACCUGCUAAGUCCGCGGCUGCUUCCAUUCAACAGAAAAAUGUAUCGAACCCUAAACCGGCUGGUAAUAAGCCUAACAAACCUACCGCAUCUUCGAGCGCCAAUGGGAAAACGAUAGACAAAUCGACGAAAGCAACGUCCGAACCGGUGCAAAAGAAAUUGAAGAAGAAGAGUAUCUUUAGUCCCGAGAACAGCAGCGAAAGCGACAGUGGUAUGCCUGCGAAGACAACGGUGACCAAAUCGACGAAUAACUCUGCCAAGUUCACGAAAACUCAGCAACCCAAGGCAAAAGCGAACGACGCGAAACAGAAAGCACCUGCUCCAAGUAGAUCUAGUCUACUGACGAAAGCUGUACAGCCGCAGAAGUCGGAUAGUUCCGCGAGUUCGAAAAGCUGUUCCGCGGGCUCAGGCUCUUCCGGUUCAUCGGACAGCAGCACGGACUCCGAGUCCUCCGAGAGCAUAGCGAGUCCUCAGCCUCAGAUAAAAAAGAAAGACAAUCAACCGAGCGCGACGGUGAUCCCAGCGGCCAGCAUUCUGCCGAAGCGACCGUCUGCAGCGGUUGCACCGGUGAAACCGCAGAAGUGUACAAAACGACAAAACACGGUGAAAAGCGAAGACGAAGCCGACGCGUCCGCCAGCGAGAAAGAAAUCGAUGAGCACGGGGAGACGACCGUUGCGUCGAAGACGACAACGAAAGGCAAGCGGAAGCUACAAACUCGUAAAGGGAGCAAAUUGCUUCAACUUCAAGCAAAGGUUGCCAGUGAUUCGGAGUCCGACGCAGGUACGGAAACGGUAGCGUGUAAGCGUAUCCUGCAAAUUCCGCUGAUCCGGUGUGAUUUAUCGAGAGUAGCCGAGAGCAAGAGGAGCACCAGCAAAUCGCCGGUUAAACGAGCCGGUCCUAGCACUCAGGCCAGGCACGCUUCCGGCGCGAAUCGGCCGCCGCAAAACAGCGGCUCCAACAAUGCCACCGGCGGCAGAUCCGGCCAAGGGAGUUACGCCCGUGCAAGGGUCACGAAGGAGAGAGAGUGCCCUUUGGCGCCGGCAUGCGACUCCAGGGGUCACCUCUCCGGGAAACUCGAGUCACACUUUACUCUGGAGGCUUGCCCCUUGUACCACAACACCACGCCGCAGGCUUGCGUGGAGUUCUACAAGGACAGAAAGAAGCGUGAGGACGAGCGGAAGAAGGCUGUCUCGUGUCUGGCCAAGAAGUCGCCGAAGGGCGUGCACCAGACGACGGAGCAGCGCAACUAUCAGCUGAAAGUCAGAGAGCUGAGAAACAAAUGGAAGGGUAACGUCGGCGACGGCAACGAGACGGACAACGAGAACGAGCUCCAAGGGAACGAGAAGGAUCGUCAGCCGCGUCUGACCAAUCUCACGCCGGACUAUGACUUGAAAUUGUUCAUGGAGGCGCAGGCGAUCGCCAGCGAGAAGAUCGAAAAAGAACUGAAAGAGCUGGACUACGACGGCGAGGGUAGAAACGUUGGCGGCACGCGGGUCAUCGAGAUGGGCAAAUGGGAGAUGGAGGUGUGGUACCAGAGUCCGUAUCCCGAGGAGUUCAGCCGCGCCCCGAAGCUCUACCUGUGCGAAUACUGUUUGCGGUACGCGAAGAGUCGUCAGGUGUUGAGGCGGCACAGGGAGAAGUGUCUGUGGAGGCACCCGCCGGGCCACGAAGUGUACAGGAAAGACAAGAUAGGCGUGUGGGAGGUCGACGGGAAACGUUACAAGCAAUACUGCCAGAAUCUCUGUUUGCUGGCCAAAUUUUUCCUGGACCACAAGACGCUCUACUACGACGUGGAGCCGUUCCUUUUCUACGUGAUGACGAUCGGCGACUCCGAGGGAUGCCACACGGUCGGCUACUUCAGCAAGGAAAAGAACUCUUUCCUCAAUUACAACGUGUCCUGCAUUCUGACGCUUCCGCCCUAUCAGCGACAGGGGUACGGCCGGCUCCUGAUCGAUUUCAGUUACUUAUUGACCAGGGUCGAGAAAAAGAUUGGCUCGCCGGAGAAGCCUCUGUCGGAUCUGGGCCUGAUCUCGUAUCGCAGCUAUUGGAAGGACGUUCUACUGCAGUACCUCUGCAACUUCGGGGGCAAGGAACUCUCGGUCAAAGAUAUCAGCAAGGAGAUGGCGAUCGACUCGUACGACAUCGUCAGCACCCUGCAAGCCCUCGGUAUGAUGAAGUACUGGAAGGGCAAGCACAUCAUUCUCAAGAAACAGGACGUGAUCGACGACUACAAGGAGAGGGUGAAGAGACGGGGGCCCGUCUACAAAGAGAUCGAUCCGGAGUGUCUGAAAUGGAACCCCUUCCAGCAACCCAAGACGCCCUCCGCCUCGAACUAAGGUCUGCGACGAGACGAGAGAGCAAGAACGGCCGGAAUGACGCCGACGUCUCGGCUCCCCCCUCCCCGGGUUGGCCGAGUCCCGAGUCCCGACCGAGGGCGGCCGAUCUCCUUCUUCUUCCUCGCCGACUACGGUCUCUCCUCCCCCGCAGCUGCUCGCACCGCUCCUCUUCCCCCGGCCUGUUCCGCGCGAGAUCAUCUUUCUCGCUCGGCGGGAACUGUUCGUCUCUCGCGCGCGUGCAACGAUCCGCGAAGCCCGCGCGGAAAACCGGGUACGGGCGCGGGAGUCGGCGAGAAAUCGCGGAUCCGGAAGGAUUUCGCGACGAUCCAGGUAUCGUGGGGGGAACGAGGAUCGACGGGCCUUAGGCCGGAGUUGGGCGAAAAAUAACCCGAUCGUCGACCGAUUAAUUCUUGUCGAAUUAAUUUCAAGUAAUUUGGGAGAAAGUGAUCCGAUCGAUCGUUCACGAUUCGACUAGGCUAGUUGUCACAACCGAUCCUGCGUAAUUAGGUUAAAAUGGUUCGGGAAAAAGCGAUCCGAUCGAUAAUCAAACAAUUAUGACAUAACAAUUUAGUUAUAUAUUGGAUACAAAAGUGAUUACGGAAAAGGUAAUCUGAAAAACGAUUACGCAUCGUUGCUCUUAUCAUUUGUAAAUAAUCGAAUUCUAAUCGUUUCUAAUAAGUAACGACUUAUGGUCGUGAAUCAGAUCGGUCUUCGCCCAGCUCCGGCCGAUGACGAUCGCGUCCGUCGCGGUAUCGUCGGCGUGAAUCGAACGGGGGGAAUAAUCGAACAAGAAUGGAAACGAGAAUCCUGGAGCAGGCAUGGGCCCGAAUUGCCCCGAGGGGCACCCCGCGUUCGUACGCCUACUGUCACUGUCCACGGAGACAAGAUAAAUGCUCCCCAUUUCUCUCGCUCGCUUGUUUGCCGCUCCGAGGGCAAAGAGUGCUCUGCCCACGCCUGCUCUAGAUUCGGCCCAUCCCGAGCGUUAACGGAGUCCUUUCGCGGGAGCAUCGGUCCUCAAGGAGGCCCCCGAUCGCGGCCGGUCGUCGAACAUCGAAAAAUCGGCGAAGCUUUUCCAAAGAGAGGCGUGUCGUCGGGAGACGCCUCGGCGAUCCCGAUAUGCUGGCGAGAGCGAUCGAUCGGCACGCGUGUCGUGGUCGUUGCACGAAACACGGCAACCGGCAACAGAGUUUAUUGAUCGGAGCGGAGCGGAGCGCGAGGUGUGUGGCUCGGGGCUCGCUGCGAGCCGGAGAAAUUCAACGGAGCACGAGAGACAGACGCCUCUCUGUGACUUGGCUUCGCGCCGAUUCGUUCGCCUUCCCGUCCGCCGCGCCGUUCAAAAUAACUCGAAAGCUAUCGAGUCAAGGUUGAAACCGGACCCGUUUAAAACGCACGCACGCACGCACGCACGCACGCAUACGCCGAUCGGGCGCCGUCGGAACCGUUCAAAAGCGUCCGGGCUGCGCGCGGAACCGCUCCCGAGGAUUUCUGCGAACGAUCGCGCGCGUCUCCGGCGCGCGCGCUUACGCCGCGUUCCCACGUGCGCGCCGCCGCGAAACGGGGCUCGAUCGCGAACGCAUCUCCUCGUCAUCGUCGACGAUUUCAAAUCCGGAUCUCCCGAUCGACAGGGUCCAAGGCGAUGCACGAAUAUGCUCUCGCGUGGGAACGCGGCUUAAGGAAACGCUCGAGCGAACGGAUGUUAAUGCAGACCGACGGAGGAAUUUCCUGUCUCCGAACGUUUGCGAUUUGUAAUAUAGCCCCCGCCGCCUUUUUCAUCGUUUUUUAGUACCGAAACUUUCUACGUGUAUAGGGUUAAAAUAAAGACAUUAAAUGUUGA